AUGACCAGCCCCGACGCCGCAAGGGACGAAUUCUACGACGGCCUGCUUGUCCUCUUGGCGACUGUGUCGAAGACGGAUAAGUUGAUUGUCCUUGGUAAUUUCAACGCCCACGACGGCACAAACCAUGCUGCCAGCAGAGGAGUGCUGGGUUCCCAUGAAUUUAACGGCUCCAAUGGCAUGGGCCUGCUCCUUCUACGAACCAGCGGCGAACACCAGCUCAUCCUGGACAAAAACUUCUUCUACCUCCUGAGGCGAGAGAAGGCCAACUGGAUGUUUCUUCGGUUGCGUUAGUGACACCGGCUGGAUUAUAUCCUCAUCCGGAUGCGAGACCGGCGAGACGUGAUGGUGACAAAGGCGAUAUCGGGUGCCUUGAUUUCUUUGCUUGCUCACUAUUCCCACUUUAGCAAUGAGCUGUCUCAACGGCUAGACAACCUGCUAAUUAUUGAUGCCGCCGCCGUUAAUUAGUCAAGUCGACAGCCCUGGCCGUUCUCAGUAGUGCACGUCGUCGGCACGAGGACCAACUUGAUAACAACGAAGCUGCCAUCAACGACCUGUUCUCCGGGAAGAACCGCCUGCACAAAGCCUACGUCGAACACCCCACCGAAGACAGCAAAGCAGCUUUCUACCGUAGUCAUCCCCUUGUGCGACAGCGGCUGCGCAGGGUGCAAAACGCUUGGACAGCAAGCAAGACCGAGCAGAUCCAAGGUUACGCGGAUCGCAGCGAAUGGACUAUGUUCUUCUCCGCAAUCGAAGCUGUAUACGGUCCGCAAGCCAACGAUACUGCAUCUUUUCUCAGCACCAACUACAAUUUCCUACUCACUAAGAUGACACAAAUUCUACAGAUAUGGGCCGAAAACUGCAGGGGCGUCCUUUGUCAUACCCCCAACAUCUCCGACGCCGCCAUCGCCUAUCAGCCUCAGGUGGAGACCAACAUUGGCCCCGGCCCAAUGCCCUCACUCCACGAAACCAUCAGGGCCUUGUAA